UCGAACUCACAGAGAUCCCCCUGCCUCUGCCUCCCAAGUGCUGGGAUUAAAGGCGUGCACCACCAAUGCCCGGCCGCAGUCAGUUCUCUUAAUCACUGGGCCAGCCACCCAUUGUGUCUGUUUUGGUGAGCUGUCCCUGCCUACCUUUCCCAGAUUUCUCCUCAUCUCCUAGCCAUACCUAUCUUCCUACCACUAUUGGCUGUAGGCUAAACAGUGAUUUAUUCAUCCACCAAUAAGAGAAACAUAUUUACAAAAGGAUAUCCCCCAUUAUAACUCUGUAAGAACUUCAGUAAAAUCCUCUAAGUUGUUCCUAUCUUUUGUUUGUUUGACUGAUUAUUGCAAAAGUAACAGGGUCUUAAUAUGUACUUCUUGCUGCCAUGGACCUCAUUGGAUAGACUAGACUUCAUUCAACUCUGAGGUACAUAUACCUGCCUCUGCAUUCUGAGUGCCAGGGUUAAAGGCAUGAGCCAACACACCCAGUUUCUCCAUCUUAGUUUUCUUUUUUUGUAGUUAGCAGUUUUUCAUAAAAUUUCUCUCAUGUGUAAUCUGUACUGUUGGCCUAUUUACUUCUCUCUCUCUCUGUUUGUUAAUAUGCAUUUCUCUUGCAAGCUGAUAUCCCAUUUAAAGGGUACAGUCAUGACAGAGGUGACCUUUUAUUCAGUUUCCUUCUAAAUAAAGUGACUUGGUCAUUUCAUUAUAGUGUCUAUUUUUAGAAUAAUUGUGGGGAGCAUCAGAAUUAUAUGGCUAUACUGUCAAAGAUGUAUACAUUCACAAUGUUGUCAGUAUCAUACUUUCUGUUGUGCACAUGUGUGGGAUAUUUUAGAAUGCUGUGACCUAUGAUGAUGUACAUGUCAACUUCACUUGGGAAGAGUGGACUUUGCUGGAUCCUUCCCAGAAGAAUCUCUACAAAGAUGUGAUGCUGGAGACCUACAGGAACCUCACUGCUAUAGGAUACAGUUGGGAAGACCAUAAUAUUGAAGAACAUUGUCAAAGUUAUAGAAGACAUUCAAGGCUUGAAAGAAUUCAAACUGGAGAAAAGUCUUCUGUAUACACUCAAUGUGUUAAAGCCUUUGCAUAUGACAAUCAUCUUCAAUGGAAUGAAAGAACACAUACUGGACAGAAGCCCCAUGAGUGUAAUCAAUGUUCUAAAGGCUUUGCAUAUGCCAGUACUCUCCAAAGACAUAAAAGUACACAUGAUGAAGAGAAACCCUAUGAAUGUGAUCAGUGUGGUAAAGCCUUUGCACGUUAUAGUCUUCUUCGAAUGCAUAAAAAAACACACUCUGGAGAGAAACCCUAUGAAUGUGAUCAGUGUGGUAAAGCCUUUGCACGUUACAGUAAUCUUCUAAUGCAUAAAAAAACACAUUCUGGAGAGAAACCCUAUGAAUGUAAUCAAUGUGGUAAAGCCUUUGCACGUUACAGUAAUCUUCUAAUGCAUGAAAGAAUACAUACUGGAGAGAAACCCUAUGAAUGUAAUCAAUGUGGUAAAGCCUUUGCAGUUCACAGUUCUCUUCAACGGCAUAAAAGAAUACAUACUGGAGAGAAACCCUAUAUAUGUACUCAAUGUGGUAAAGCCUUUUCACAACUCAGUAAUCUUAAAAUGCAUGAAAUUACACAUACUGGAGAGAAACCCUAUGAAUGUAGUCACUGUGGUAAACCCUUUGCAUAUCUUAGUCAUCUUCAACGUCAUGAAAGAAUACAUACUGGAGAGAAACCCUAUGAUUGUAAUCAGUGUGGUAAGGCCUUUGCACAUCUCAAUUCUCUUCAAAUGCAUAAAAGAGCACAUGCUGGGGAAAAACCCUAUAAAUGUGAUCAAUGCAGUAAAGCCUUUGCACAGAACAGUCAACUUCUAUUGCAUAAAAGAACACAUACUGGAGAGAGACCCUAUGAAUGUAAUCAAUGUGGUAAUGCCUAUGCACAUCUUAGUACUCUUCAAAUGCACAAAAGAACACAUACCGGAGAGAAACCCUAUGAAUGUAGUCAGUGUAGUCAAGCUUUUGCAAGUCACAGUGAUUUCAGAAUACAUAUAAGAACACAUACUGGAGAGAAACCCUAUGAAUGUAACCAGUGUGGUAAAGCCUUAGCAUGUCACAAAAGCCUUCAACGGCAUGAAAGAACACAUACUGGAGAGAAACCCUAUGAAUGCAAUCAGUGUGGUAAAGCCUUUGCACACCUAAGUACUCUUCAAAUGCAUAAAAGAGCACAUAGUGGAGAGAAACCUUAUGAAUGUAAUCAGUGUGGUAAAGCUUUUGCACGUUUCAGUCAUCUUCAAGUGCAUGACAGAACACAUACUGGAGAGAAACCUUAUGAAUGUAAUGAGUGUGGGAAAGCCUUUGCACAGAACAGUCAACUUCAAUUGCAUAAAAGAACCCAUACUGGAGAGAAACCCUAUAAAUGUAAUGAGUGUGGUAAAGCCUUUGCAUAUAUCAAUAGUCUUCAAAAUCAUGUGAAAAAUCAUGCUGCAGAGAAACCAUAUAAAUGUAAUUGAUGUGGUAAAGUUUUGCACUUUAUACAGGAGUAAAAUUAAUUGUGUGCAAUCAAUCUUUUAAAGCUUUUGCAUAUUGCAGUAGUCUUUGUCAGUAGUCCUGAAAAAACUAAACUCUUUGCUACUAUAAAGUAUUUGGUGAGGUCUUUAGCCAACACACUUACAUUAAGUUGCAUAAGAGUAUUCUGGAGAAGAAAUUUGGACAGUGUGUCAACAACCUGUUCAGGUCUUAUGAUGUCUGUCUGUAUUUUGUUUGUACCUACAAACUCAUGAAAACAAACCCUAUGAAUGUAAAUGAUAAUGUAACUGGUGAUAUUUUAUAAUCUAAAAAGUAAAGUUUGCCUGAAGGUCAGAGUGCAAAAGUACCUAGUGACACUAGUUAGCCAUAAAGGCCAAGCAGUGGUGGUAUACACCUUUAAUCUCAGAACUUGGGAGAUAAAGGCAGAUGUAACUCUGUUAUCUAAAGGCCACCCUGAACUCAAAGAGAUUGAUCCAGUCUAAAAGACAGAGAGCUCAUACAAAGUUGAUCACAAUAUUUGAUAUCCCAAGCCAGUAUCCCAGCUCUAGCAGGUAGAGAGAGGAAUAAAAGGAGGGAGGGGACAGGAGCUCAAUGGAGUCUGAGGAUCAGUGCAGUCUGGAGAUGCAAUUUGAGGACAGGAUUGCCCUUUUUGGUUUUGAGCGUUGGUAGAGGUGAGAAAUCUCUAGUAGCUGCCUUCAGUGCUUUUCUCAUCUUCAUCUUUAACCCCAAUAUCUGUCUCUGGAUUUUUCUUUUUUAUACCAACUAAAAUUCAUGGUACAUUUGGCACCCUACUUUUGGGUUACAAAAAUCAGGAAAAAAGCCAUUUUUCUGAAGCUUUACAGCUAACAGAAAAGGUUAGAGCUACAUGGAGCUGGAGUCACUGCUCUGCCAGCUAGGCUUUCCUCUCUGGUGGUCUUUCUCUGGACCCCCUUCUCAGGCUGCUGUCAAACUAGGUAGCUGCAUUGAAAUCUGGUCAGGAAUUUACCGUUCUAUGGUACAGCAGCCUUCGUCACAUCUUCAUCAUAAUUUUUGGCAGAUUUGAUAAGAAAAAUGGGAGUUCUUAAAGUUAAAGACAGAUGUCCCCCCCCCGCAUUAAAAAUAGGAAACACUAUUAUAAUGGAGAGAUGAUUUAAAAAGAGAAUAAUUAAAUAAAGGGCUAAUCCACUUAACCUGGAUUGAAGUACUGUUAAUUACUAUUUUGAUAGUCCUUGUCUGUUUGAUGAUUCUUGGUUUCUCUCUAAAAUAUUGGUUGACAUGAGUGCCAAUAUACAGGUCUUCGAAAAACUGAUUAAAACAGAUCAUAGAGAUACUCAAACCCAGACAGAGGAAUUUAAAGGAGAACCAAUUUCAGCUUGGCAUCAUACGGUUAGAGAGGAACCGCCUAAGGCUUUCAAACAACCAACAUUAGCAUAUCCAGUAACCUUACAGAAAUUGCCCAAUGAUAGAGGCUCUGUAAGACCUAAUGGGACUCCUGUGUCAAUAUUAGCUAUAAGGAGAUUCAAGGAAGCACUGGUGCCAUAAGGCGUGCAUUCACCAUUUGUGAAGCAACUGUUAAACUCGUGGUCAUCUUGUAAUAGAAUUAUCCCUAAAGACUGGAGAGACUUGGUUAAAACUGUUUUAGAGCCUGCUUCACAAUUACAAUGGAGUACCUGGUUCAGAGAGGAGGCUAAGACCAUUGAGCAAUACUGUAGAGCUGGAGGUAUAGAAAUCUCCUCAGAUGAACUUCUUGGAGAUGGAGAUUGUGCUACUAUAGAAAGUCAAUCUUCAUAUGGCCACUCCCUGGCUUUAUGCCAUGCAGCAGCUUUGAGUGCUUGGAUCAGAAUUCAAAAAGUUGGAAAGAAGAUUGAGUCAUUUACUAAAGUUAUACAGGGCCAAAAUGAACCCUUCACAGAUUUCUAUUAAUGAUUGACAUCAACAGUAAAUUGAUAACUAAAUUCAGAAGCUAGACAAAUAAUAAUUGAAUCUCAGGCUUUCUGAAAAUGCUAAUUCUCAAUACAGAAUGAUAACUAGGCCUUUAAAGGCAAGGUCAGCACAGUUGGAGGAAUGGCUCCAAGAUACAAUGAAUAUUGAAUGUCAUGAUCAUGAUGACGCAUGGAUAGCAGAGGUGAUUUCCAGGGUUUGAAGAAAAAUCAAAAUGUCAGGUGUUUCAAUUGUAGGAAACAAGGUUACCUUAAAAGGAAUUGUAAACAAGGCAUUCCUAGAAACGAUAUUUUUUUCUAACCACAAUUCAAACACAACAAAACUCCCUUCUGGAUUAUGUAAAAGGUGUGGCAAAGCAGGCAUUGGACUAAUGAAGUAGAUCAACAAGGGACAUUCAAGGUAACCCUUGGCUGUUGGGAAACUCCUUGAGGACCCUUUUGCAGGCCCCUGUGCUAAAUUUGAUUGAAUCGUUUCAUGUCAACCUGGAAACUCCUGAGAACAAUUAAAGAACGUAAUGGCUAGUAUAAGAAAACACACUGCUCUAGAUGAUAGAACAGCUUUACAAUAUGAAACAAAGUUUCCAUAGAAACCAAAACUUAAAAUUGAUAAAGAUCAGAUUAGGAACCUCCCCAAAGUUAGGUUUGGGUCAGUGUUUUGUUUUUGUCUUUCCAGGAAAAUAAAAGCAAACAUCUUAGUAAUUUAAAGACCUUUGGAUAAAUAAGCAUGCACAGAAAAAGGGGAAGUAAUCUUAAAAAGUUACCAAGAAAAGGAAUAAUCUGAAGUAGUGUGAUCUCUGAAGUCUUCAAAGUGAUGAUGAAACCUCAUAACAACAAUUUCACCAGGACUGUUAUAACAACACUAUUCUGAAAAACACCAAAUAAAGAUGGGCUUUGGGUUACAAACUGCUCAGAACAUUUUUGAGGUUGCUAGCUGAGAUGAUCCAGCCUCACAGAGUACUCUAGCCAGGACUUCAUGUAUAAAAAAAGUUAGGUUAGUAAUUCCUUUAAGAUUUCUUAUAAAAUUACCUUUCAAGAUAAAUAGUAAAGAGAUUGAUUCUUUCUUUGUAAUCACAAUAUGCAGCCUGCCAACAAAAGAGUUAGCUCAAAAAAAUACUUUCUGCUUGUUCAUGUUCUGUUAAUCUGUAACAAGUUGCUUAUAUGUGGAUGUAUAUGGGUUUAUGGGGUGACUUAGUUUUUAAUCCUGUAAAGGAGAUGAAAAAAAUCAUGUGCAAAAUAGAAUGGAACCACAUUGUAAUUCCUAUAUUGCCUGAAAUUAUUUAGUUGGAGUAUAUAAGGUGUUGAAGAAAGUAUACAGCAUGAAGAAUAGACAAUAAAGAAGAAAACCAUCAAGA